GCUGGACAAGUUAAGCAAACGCUUUCGUCGACCUGGCAGACUUUCCUCAUGAGCUAAGAGGCUAGCAGCGCUAGCUCUAACGUUAGGUGUUGCCAGAAGUGGCAGGGAGAUUUACAUACUGUAAUGUAGCCAGAUACCUGGGGGGAGAGGUGUCUGUAUUAAAGGCUGAACGUUGGCUGAACUAAAAGGAAAGAAGCGACCGGCAGUUUCGUGAUUUGGACCUUAACAAAGCUAGCAAGGAUCUGCCAUGCAAACUACGUUACUGAAGGCACAGGGAGAGGAGGAAAGCCAUUUGGGAAAAGAUAUGCUGAAAGUUGGACCACUAAAAUAACUACAACUACUGCUUCUAAAAACGUAAAAGCAGAACCAAGCCAAACAGCCUGUGGUCAACCAGACCAGCUCGCCAAGGGAAAUGGUGAUAUGUAAUUGAAGACAUUCCUGCAUAUAGGAGCUAACGUGGCUAGUGAAGAGGGGUGGCUCUUUGUUUCAGCCUAACUGUUGAAAUACACCCACAGGUGUGUCCAUGGCCUGAGGAGCUAAGUUUGGCCUGGCUUCAACUCUUGUGAACAAGUAUUGCAACUAGCCUCAUGCUUUUUAAUAAAACUGUCCGAGCUGCCCACUCAACUAAAACGAGGAGAACAUAAAGCUUGAUGUCUCCAGAUUUUGUUCACAUUUAAUCAAGGUGAAACAAACCCAGUGAAAAGACAUGAGGGCUGUGAUGAGUAGAGUAUGGGGGUGGGUAUGGCCAUGGAGCAGAUCUCCUGUGUCAGAGAACACCACAGUGGUGUCAGCAGAAGGCCAGAAGGUCAGCAGCCAAGGCUACAGGGGGUUGACUUCCUGGAUCUGGGGAGCUCGCAAAAUUGACCAAACCAGUCUGGUAGAAGAAUAUUGGGAGGCACAGGAGAAGCUCCAGCCCAUGGAAAUUGAAGAUCUUGGUCCUGGGAAACUGGAGACAGUAGAACACGCUCCUCGGUGGUGGGAUAAGUUUCAUCCAUCUAACUACUUCCUCUGGCCAGGAAAGCUUCAGCCAAGUAGGGUGAGACGAAGGAAAAUAGCUGGUUGGAAUCAAGCUGCUUGGGACUCGGAUAAUGACGGGGAGUUUUCUGACUAUGGAACUCCUCCACCAUCUCCUACACCUCCUUCCUCUCAGCUGGUGUCUCCUUUACGACUCUUUGUACACAGCUGGAAGGGGGAAAUUUUACCGGAGCACUAUGAGAUCUGCUUCAAUUUUCUGCGCCACUUGUUUGACCUGUUCGUGGUUGGCUUCUUGUGGACUGUGUCCCCUCCUACAAAGCUGAUCCUGGAGGUUUUGGGGGUCCAUGGAGCGCUGAAGCUGUGGUUUCAUGGGAUGGCCAUGUUUUUUGUCUCCACAGUGGGAAUGGCAGGAUUGCUUUGGUUGAUCCAAGAGUAUCUUCCACAAUUUGCCUUGAUCUAUGGAAUCGUGCAAGCCUUGGUGAUCUCUGUCAGUGUGCGACAGAGUGUGAUCCUAGGAGAGGAGGAGGAAAAAGAUGAUCAAGACAAGGAAGAUGAAGAAGUGAAAGAUAACGGGGAUCAUAAAGAGAAGCUUGUGUCUGCAAAAGACAAGAUUAUGCCUUGAGUAACAGCUGUCAUUUAGGUGGCUUAAAUUGAGGAAGGUCGCCAUCAUUUUCGGGAGACCACUAAUGCCAGGAGAAUCCUAUUUGGAUUAAAUCCCUUCCAGAUGUUUGGCAUGAUGUACAGUGAAGCUGCAGAGAGACUGAAGCACACAUUUCACUGCUGGACUGCAACUUGCAAUGGAAGUUAGGCAUUGCAACACAUUUACUACAAACUCACAAAGGUGUACUGAUUCCAUGUUAUUUUCAAUACUAUUGUCCCACUCCCCUUUUUUUCAAGUGUCCUUGCUUGACUUUAAUGGUAUUACACUGUUUAAUAUCUAAAAACGUAUGAUACCACUACCUUACCACAGCAAAUCAGCAACAACUGUCUUUAUUCAAGAAGUUGUGUUACAGAACAUCACACAAACUUAUUCACAGAGAUUGUGUUUUCAGUUUGCCUUUGCCAGCUCUUUUGCUGAAAUUGUAUCAUUUUUGGUUCCUGUUUGAUGCUGUCAGCAUGAUUUCUGCUCUGGCUGCACCGUUGCAGUCCAAUGUUGAGAGCCACACUGAGAUUGUCUAUGCUAAUCCUUUUCCUUCAACUAUCCCAGUCUGUAUGGUAAGUCCUCUAGAGGGUAUAUUGAAAAAAUAAACUUCAGCUUGUGUGACAUUGGAAUUGUAAAAUUUUCUGAGGGAUUUUGAAUCAUAUCAUGAAUCAGAGCAUGAAUAUUUGGAUAAAACAAUUUUAAAAAGCACAUUUUAACUCCAGGCUCACAAUGUUGUUGAAGUAGUGAACAUUUAUAAAUAUUUUAGAAUUCAGUCUUUGUUGACAGCAUUUGAAGUGGUAUCAAAAUGUCAGUUAUAGUGACACACAGAUAUAUAUGUAUGUAUGUAUGUAUGUAUAUAUAUAUAUAUAUAUAUAUAUAUACACACACACACACAAUUCCUACACAAAAACAUUACAGAGAUUUCUCAAAUAUGAAAACUGACAACUUCACAAUAUUGCUCUUGCUUGUCCUUAUCUGUUCAAAUAUUUUGAAUAUUGACAAUACCAGCACUUUUUGAUACCUGUUAUCUGUACUGACUUGUUUUGCCUUAUGUCAUUUUUCUGUGCCACAAUAUUUUGUUUUUAUCAGAAACACAAGCCACAAUUCUUCACUACAAGUAUCCUCAUAUUUUUCCUCUUUUUUUCACAUUUUAUUUCCAAAGGCACAAAUGAUAAAAUCCUAUGUUUUUCAAAUUGUAAAAUUAAUUUGGUCUAAGUGCACAAUAGCACAUUUUGCACACUACAUAUCUGUAACUACAUAUGACUUGCAAUAUUUAUAAUUUUCUCUAUAGCAUAAGCCCCUGAUUUAUUUCUUGAUAAGUAUUCUGAUUUUGAGUUUGCCUACCUGCAUCAGUGCUUUUAAGAAUGUUGGAAAUGGUCUUGGGUAUUUUUGUAUUGUAGCAAAGUGGAACUGAAGCUGUCUGCUUCACAAAUUCACAGUAACAGUGGGACCCCAAAAAACUGAUACAAUGUCUACAGGUCUUUGCCUUGAAUUGAUUGUUUGCCCGUGUUAUAAAGAUGUUAUCCCAAUGAUGUUAACCGUGAUAAGCUUUUGUAAAGGAAGAUAUUUUUGUAAUAAGGGUAGCCAAUACACUUAACAAGUGCUGGAUCACUGUAGUGAAUGACAUCUAGAUCUAAUUCCUUGGAUGAGGGAAAAUCCCAAGCAUAUUAGUUGUACAUUAAUAACUUGAGGUAGAAAAAGUAUCUGCUGAGACCUCUAACUGUACAUUUUAUAAAAUUGCCAUGUCUGUCACUGUACACUGAGUUGAUAAUUGGUCCUACUGGCAAAAUAAAACUGUUCUGCUUUGUCUUGA